AUGGUCGAACUCAUCAACCCCCCGGAGACUCGUCAACUGCUCCCUCCCCUCCUUGCGUGCCUGCCUCUCGCCUUCGUCUCGCCACGUGCACCCCCAGCUCUGCUCCCACUCCUCUCCCCCAUUCUACGCCAAAGAGUCGGUGUCCUCAGCUCACUCUCCACAUCCGCCACCGAAUCAUGGCUACAACUACUCUGCUGGGAUACCGAUAAAGCGGAGCGCCUGCGGGCGAUCAUCGACGGUGCCACAUUCGAACCCCACCCCGUUUCAGGCGAGAUCGAGCUCCCCGAUGAGCUCCCCGUGACAUACAAGCGGGUGGAUGACGAGACACUCAAGGCCCAGGUGCCUCUGCAUGAUUAUAGCAUUACAGUAGUCUACCUCUGGUGCCCGACGGACGAGGAGGGAGGCGGUCGUGGCUGGCGGGUCGCCGAGCUUCUGCCGCGCGAAGGCCCAGCGGAUGAUGACAACACCUGGGCGAUCUCUAUUGGCGAGGCCAACUUCCAGGCCAAGGAUCAGUCCGGGGCCAGUGUCUUAGAUGACAAAGUCCAAGACAACGGCAUGGAGGACGAUGAUGAUGAUGAUGACUACUGGGCUCAGUACGAUGCUACACCCGGGUCCAAGACCCCGGCGCAGCCUGCCGGCUCCUCGAAGCUGGGUCCCUCGGGCCUGUCUGAGCAGUCGUACUUCUCACAGUAUGGUGACGUCCAGCCUGCCAUGGACAAUCAUGAUCCCGGCGAGGAACAACCGGAGGUCGGUCCGUCCUCUCUCAAUGGGGAUAUGCUGGCAAACUUGCUGCGCCGACAGGUCAAUGGAGAUUCGACAGAGGAGGCCCGGACUAACGGAUACUCUGCGGGCCAAGUCCCGGAAAGUGCUGCGCAGGCUUUGAAUCAUCCUCGACCGGGCUCAAUCUCUUCUGGCAGCUCAGUGGCCAGACUGGAAAAGGAGGCAGAGAGCCAAUCGACAUACGAAGUUGGUGUGAAGCAGCACAUUGGUACCAGUAUCAAGAGUCUGUUCCGCCUGGCCAAGGCCACCGGAAUGCCUCGCGCAGAGUUCCAGUCGCUGGUCUCGACGGAGUUGGAGCUUUUGGACAUUACGGAUGACGAGUAA